GCAUUUCGGGUUGACAAGCAAGCAAGAUGUUCCCCGCCCUAACACUGGUUGUCGUCUGCCUUGGUCUCGUGUCGGCUGGUCCGGCAUCUCGAGUAAAGAGACAGCUGAACUGCCCUGAUUCAUUCGCCAACGUUCCCAAUCCGUGUAUUAGCAACACUGCAGGCAGAAUUUACUACCCCCACCCAAGCGACGCCACCAAAUUCAUCCAGUGCGAUCUUCUGGGGCGUAUGUACAUCAUCCAAUGUCCGCAAGGUCUGACCUACAAACCAAGCACAUCAUCAUGUACAUCAGUCGGAGGCGGGGUUCCUCCAACAUUACCGCCAUCCACCACGCAUGCGCCUGUUGUAGUUCCGGUUGUCACAUCUAAACCAACUUCCAAUAACCCAUGUUCGUCCACUAAUUUACAGCAAGGCAACAUUUACUUCGCAUACGCUUUCGACAAAUAUCGAUUCAUUGAGUGCGAUCUUUUAGGAAACGCUAACAUCCUGAGCUGUCCGUCUGGCCUUGUCUGGGAACAGAAUCGUCUGUCCUGUGUUUACGACAUAGGGCCCGAUAACGUAGUCCCCAAUCCUGCCGGAGGUGGCACUGGAACCGGAACUGGUACCGGCACAGGAACUGGAGGCACUGUCAAUCUUGCUACUGUUUGCGCCCCGACGGGAUCCUCGAUUACAACCACAGAUGACUUGUUUCAUCCUUACCCCGGGGACAAAACCAAAUUCAUCCAAUGUGACCUCUGGGGUGAAGCCAAUGUCGUGGACUGUCCAACGAAUUUAGUUUGGAAUAAUUUCAGCAAAACGUGUGCAGCCCCUUACAUUGUGAAUGGUAUUCCCUCUCAAACCCUUACCGGGUAACUUUAAUUUAUUGUACAACCUAGCUAGGCUUUAAAAUUUAUCAAAUGUGUACUUCCCACAUAACGGAACUGUGUAACUCAGGAAACGUCUUGUUUGCUUAUAAGUUUGUUUUGCAAUAAAUGACUACUCUCCA